UGUCAUUUCCGGUGGUUCACUCAUGCGAGCAGCCAGUUUAAAAGGCAGGAGUGAAUGCUUCAGCUGUUUCUGUCUGAAGGAACGUGCUCAGACUGUGCGCGUGGGAGGCUGUGUGAGAACGUGCGGUCAGUGAGCUAACGGCUCGUGAAGGGAUAGUGUACGGUUAUCUGACGGAGCGGAGAAGAUGAGCCGAUUCCCGCUGAAGAGGCUCUACACGGAACUGCCGGUGUGGGUGGUGGAGGACCACCACGAUGUGGUGCGUCAUAUUUAUCGUGCCAUUGCAUCGAGACACCUCCCCCUGCAGAACAUAAAGAUGGUUCAUCUAGACUCCCACCCUGAUCUGCUCAUCCCCGUCAACAUGUCAGCUGACACCGUCUUUGACAAGGAGAAACUCUUCAGUGAGUUGAGUAUAGAGAACUGGAUCAUGCCCAUGGUGUAUGCGGGCCAUGUGUCCUGUGUGGCCUGGCUGCAUCCAUACUGGGCCCAGCAGAUCACAGAGGGGGAGCACAGGAUGGCUGUGGGAAGAGACUCCUCCACCACCACCAUCAGGGUGACCAGCACAGACGACUACUUCCUUAGCGACGGUCUGUAUGUUUCUGAGAAGCAGCUGGAGAAUCCCAAAGCUCUGAGGCUGAACGUGGUCAAAGUCAAUCCUGUUAAACAGAGCCAAAGCUCACUGACGGAAGUGCAGAGUGCAGAGGACAUAGACAGAGGUUGUGCUAAGAGAGGCCGAACAGAGUGCAGGGCUGAGGGGUCCAGCUGCUCGGAGCCCCCUCUCACAUGUACUGACCCGCUGCGACCUGCAGAGGGCAGCAGCAGGUCGAGCUCCAAUGAAGAUGAUGAGGAAGGAUCCACCAGUUAUGUUGUGAAGAUAAUAUCUUCAUUUCUAAGUGAGACAGAGCCGUAUAUCCUGGACAUUGAUUUGGAUUUCUUCUCAUGUAAGAAUCCCUUCAAGGAGUUAUACACAGAGGAAGAGUACACCAUCCUGAAGGAGCUCUACAGCUUCAAAGGACCGCGUCCCCAUGCUGCUGAGGAGGAGCUGGAUGAGUGUGUGGAUCAGCGUGUCCGUCAGCUGGAGGACCUGGAGGCUGCGUUCGCUGACCUGCUGGAGGAUGAUGGGGAGGACACAGUGACACGCUGGGCCGGGAACCCCGGCAUGUCUUCAUUAACCCGACUGGUUUCCAGUUUAAAGUCCAGAAACCCGUGCCCUGACUAUGAAAUGGUCCAUCAGGCUGGGUUGACCUGUGACUCGGGGGAGCUGCCGCACCACAUCAGCUCCGACGAGGAAAUCGACAGACUCAUCUCCGCCGUGCAGCUGUUUCUCAAGGCUCUGCCCAAACCCACACUGGUCACCAUGUCCAGGUCCAGUCUGGAUGAAUACUGCCCCGUAGAGCAGGUGGACUCGGUGCAGAGCAGAGUACUGGCUGUACUGGAGAACCUGUACGGACCACUGGACUUACACAGAGACUAUGAGAACAGCAGCACAGAGACUCAGGCCUGCCAACCACAGGCCUCCUAACACACACACACUCACACACAAACCAGCCUACUGAGACACACACACACACACACACACACGUUACUUUUGGAUUUAAUGGAUGUACAGUUUGUAAUAGACAAGCACUUGAAAAAAUGACAUAUACGGAUACGGUUGUAAUGAACUUGAAGUAAAUUCAUAUUUUAUGUCCAAAAGCUGGAACAUGUUCUGAGACUGUCGGUCAUUAUUUAUGCAUGUAAUAUGUUAACAUUUGAAAUCUGGUAAUAUUCUAUGUUUUUCAUCGUAAACAAAUCCCAUGUGCAGACUCAGGCCAGCACUGAAUGAAUAUUGGUGCCCUUUUCAGGGAGUUUAUAUUCAAGAAUUUAGAGCAAUCCCAGCAGUAAUGUUGUCGGGUUUUUCUUAACAUGAUCCAUUCGUUGGUGAAUUGAUAAACUACUAGUGUAUCUCCACAAAUCUACGAACAUGCUUUAACUUUCCCUAGGCUGACUACAGCUGGGAAGAUACAAUGUACUGAAGGCUUUGUUUCAUUUAAAAGAAUUCCUCAUCUGUCUUUAAUAUCAAUAAACCACAACUUGCAGUUGCUACACAGAUGA